CAUUGACAGUGUUUGUGGACCCCCAGCCCUGAAGGAAACUUGGAAGUUGCCACCAUGGUGCUCGACAAGCGAAUUCCCGUGACAGUGAUCACUGGCUUCCUGGGCAGCGGCAAGACGACGCUCGUCAAUCGCAUUCUAAAGGAAAAGCACGGCUUGGGCAAGGUGGCUGUGAUUGAGAACGAGUUCGGCGAAGUCGGCGUUGACGAUGGCCUGCUCAUGAAUGCCAAGGAGGAGAUCCUGGAGAUGAACAACGGCUGUAUCUGCUGCACGGUCCGGGGCGACCUGAUCAAGAUCCUGCGGCGGCUGCGGAAGCGCGACCGAGACAUUGACCUGGUGCUCAUCGAGACGACCGGGCUGGCCGACCCCGCGCCCGUGGCCCAGACGUUCUUCGUGGAUGACGAGGUGAAGGAGGCCUACCGGCUGGACGCCAUCCUCACGGUGGCCGACGCCGCGCACCUGCUGCAGCACCUGGACGAGCACAAGCCCGAGGGCGUGGAGAACGAGGCGGUGGAGCAGGUGGCCUUCGCGGACGUGGUGCUCCUGAACAAGGUUGACCUGGUGUCGGCGGAGCAGCAGGCGGAGGUGACCCGCCGCAUCCGGGCCAUCAACUCCACCGCGCAGCUGCACGCCUGCGUGCGCUCGGACGUGCCUCUGGAGUCGCUGCUGGGGCUGGGCGCGUUCAGCCUGGAGCGGGUCAUGGCGGAGGAGCCAGACUUCCUCACGUCCGACGGCUCCGACCACCAGCACGACUCCUCCGUGGGCAGUGUGGGUCUGACGCUGCCGGGGCGGCUGCACAUGGGCCGACUCAACGCCUGGCUCAGCCGGCUGCUCAGGGAGCGCGGCACGGACCUGUUCCGGAGCAAGGGGCUGCUGUCCAUCGCCGGCACUGACGACCGGUAUGUGUUCCAGGGGGUCCACAUGCUCAUGGGCUUCGCCUCCUCCGCCGACGGCGUGGGCCGGCCCUGGGCCCCCGGCGAGGAGCGCGUCAGCCGGCUCGUGUUCAUCGGCAGGAACCUGGAUCGAUCCGAGCUGGAGGCGGGGCUGCGCGCUUGCCUGCUGCGGGAGGGGGAGGUCGUGGAGAGGGUGGAGAUCGGGGAGGAGGUGGAGAUGGGGGAGGGGGAGAAGGAGGGGGAGGAGGAGGUGGGAAAGGAGGAGGCGAUGGAGUAGGGGGGAUGGGGCAGGUAUGUGUGUGAAGUCAAGCAGAUAGCGUUGGGUGUUGAGGAGUGAUCAGUACUCAUAUACCCCGAGAAAUAUGGAGGAAUGCACCCCAGACGUGUGGGUUGGGCGCUUUUCCUCUAGACAUCUGUGUUGAGGGCGGCAGGUAGGGCGGGGUGGGCACAGGCGCGGGAACGGGCUCCAAGUCUAGGGAUGGCUGGGUACACGCGGCCACGCGGCGAUGGAGCGGAAGCGAAAUAGAGCGGAAGCAGAGUGGAUUGGAAGCAAGUUAUGGCUGUUGUAUGAAUGUAUGCCGUGUACAUACGUAGGUGUAGGUGUAUGCCAAGUGAUGAAUGCAUCCAGCAGGGGCCGGGUAGGGCCCGGGUAGGGCGAUGCGGCACUGCAUGCGUGGCGUGGCUUGCACUUGGACAGGCAGUUGACAAUUGCAAGGUGAUUGGACGCAUGCCGACCAUGCGGAUAUUGGUCACCGGCCAGUGUGUUGAAGUACCGUCGAAUGUUGCAGUGGGCUGGGAGUACUGCGCCACCCUGGCCAGUGACCAGCAGCUGUACCCAACCCCAGUUGUAGCGCACCCCAGCUGCAGCCUGGGUGGCCGCGCAACACGACAUGUAAGCGUGGCUGUGGAGACGAUGAGAGGGCCAGGGGGCCACUCCCAGGCAGAUUCCGACUCGGCAAGCAAGAACACACAACGAUCGCGUCACAUUUUGGCGAGGCAGCAGGCAGGCAGUCCACACACAACCAGCAGUCCACACCCCGCCCCGAUGCAUCGGAAGGCAUCGAAGUCCAAAAAGGUGACAGGAGGAAGCUACGCCUCAAAGGGCUGCACGCCUGCACUGCUGCACAUUGCCUACACAGGUAGAAGCGAGCCGCUUGCCAGGGGCAUUAUCAGGGGUGCGGGGUGGCCAACUCGCCCCAUGUGAUCGGCAACGGUCGGCAACCGCCCCCAAUUCCCAGUUGCGACCAGGCCCCGGCCCGAUUUCUUUGCAUAGACCUAUAAGGAGUACCCCAUAGAAGACCCCUGGCGCGCCGGGCGACUAUAUGACGGUGGUCGAAAACAUGCUUGCCGAUGCAAAUUGGAACCUCGGCUUGGAGGCAGGGAGAGCUGCGCAAUAGCAGCCUAUGGACUUGUUAUGUACUGGAGGUCUGAAGCAGCUUUGUUCCAGGACUUCGGGGGCCUACUACAAGCAGGGAGGGGCUUCCAUGCGACCGGCGAGGUGCAAUUUCAAGCCGGAGUUCAAAAGCAAGACUGCGCAAUAGCAGCCGCCGACGCCGCUUUGAUACUUGACAUGUAACAACCAAUGUGG